CAACCGCGCCAUUCACAAGUACAACGCGUACAGGAAAGCGGCCUCUGUCAUUUCUCGAUAUCCGAGCAAGAUACGGAGCGGGGCUGAAGCCAAGAAGCUGGUAGGUGGUCGUGCCCGGGUUGCCGGCGGGAGGAUCUGGGACAGCCGGAGCGGGGACGAGGUGCCGGGGGUUCCCGAGAAGCAUGGGGGCAGCCCCGCUUCUGCCAGCGCCUCUUUCCGGUACCCGAGCCAGAGUUCGAGGACGGGUUGUGGCCACUUUGGGGGUUUCAGAGCUGGAACUGGGCAUCCCAUCUGUGUCUCUGCCUGAUGGAGUAGGUGCUAAAAUAGCUGAAAAGAUAGAUGAGUUCUUAUCCACUGGAAAACUACGCAAAUUGGAAAAGAUUCGACAAGAUGAUACAAGUGCUUCUAUCAAUCUCCUGACACGAGUUACUGGCAUUGGUCCUGCUGCUGCUAGGAAGUUUGUCGAGGAAGGAAUUAAGACUUUAGAAGAUCUAAGAAAAAUUGAGCACAAGUUGACCCAUCACCAGAGAAUUGGGUUGAAAUACUUCGAAGAUUUUGAGAAGAGAAUCCCCCGGGAAGAAAUGCUGCAAAUGCAGGAAAUUGUGCUCAAAGAGAUAAAGAAGCUGGACCCAAACUAUAUUGCUACAGUCUGUGGUAGUUUUAGGCGAGGUGCAGACUCAAGCGGCGAUAUGGAUGUUCUCCUAACCCAUCCCAGUUUCACAUCUGAAUCGUCCAAACAGUCAAAACUUCUGCGUCAGGUUGUAGAACAACUGGAAAAAGUCCACUUUGUCACAGAUAUGCUAUCUAAAGGUGACACAAAAUUCAUGGGUGUCUGUCAGCUGCCAGAUAAAGAAGAUGGAACAGCCUAUCCACAUCGGAGAAUUGAUAUCCGGCUUAUCCCAAAAGAUCAGUAUUACUGCGGUGUACUGUAUUUCACAGGAAGUGAUAUAUUCAAUAAGAACAUGAGAACUCACGCUCUGGAAAUGGGCUUCACAAUCAAUGAAUAUACUAUACGCCGCUUGGGUGUUACUGGAGUCGCUGGCGAGGCCCUGCCAGUAGAAUGUGAAAAAGACAUCUUUGACUAUAUCCAGUGGAAAUACCGAGAGCCAAAGGAUCGGAGUGAAUAACUAACUGCUUGUCUAGGUUUCUGGCCUAGAGAGAUGUUUUCGUAGCUUCUUGUGAACAUGUGAAAGUGCAUAGUCUUACUUUGGAUGUUACUUGAGAAACUGUGUAUUACUGAUGCUUAAAGCAAGUCUGUGGCACUCGAACAGAAUGUGAAGAUAAAUCCUGUGAGAUUUCAUUUUCAUAUAGCUACAGAAUAAUUUGGGUUGCUAGGGACCCCUAAAUGUCAUGUAGUCUAGUCCCCCUGCCAUGAGCAGGGCCAUCUUUGACUAGAGAAGAUUGCUUAGAGCCCAGUCCAAUCUGACCUUGAAUGUUUCCAGGCAUGAGGCAUCCAGCAUCUCUCUUUGUAUCUUAUAUAAAUGUAGAUGCCAGAAUGAAAAAACAGGCUGUAUCAUGAAGUACUCCUAAAGAGUACCAUUUUCAACUACUGUCUGUAUCUCCUCAUAGCUGUGUUAAGUGUCUUGGUGCAACGCUGAAGCUUGUGAUGAGUUCUUCCUGUGUAGUUACUUCUGAAAUCUUUCGGUAUGGUCUAUAUGCUAAGGUGGGCAUUCUCCUGUUGCAUGGGACCUGUGAAUUUUGUUACUAGAAAUGUUGUAGUACUAUUGAUUGCAGUGCUCUGUGUUUCAUUUGGCUUGGUCUGAUUAAUUGAUGCACUGCUACCACUCCUGUAGAUUCAAUCUGCCCUUUUUUAUAUGCAAACCUGUCAGAUCUUAUUUUAUACCUCCCCUUUAAUUGUUGGGAAAAGUAAUGAGUAUUUUGGAUGUGAGAUGAGGUCUCUUCAAGUGUGCAUGUGUUUGGGACAGGGAUUCUGUUGGUAAACUUAAAACUUAUCAAAGUAAUAAACUACUAGCUUCCAUGUGUUACAGACCAUGAGCGUGGAAUAUAUUGCUGCUACUGUGUUUAAAUACCUUGUAGCAGUAAGGCAACUGUAUUACAGAACUGCAAGCUUGAAAAGAUGAGACUUUUGUACACAGUCGAUUUGACUAAUGCUAACCAUAUAAUACCUCUCUUGGUUUCUUAAUGCCUAAGUUCUCUAUUGGCAUCUAUGAGGGCAGAGAGGAUUUUGUAUAGACUACUUAACUUGAACCUGAAUCAUGAAACAGACAUAAUACUAUUUCUUAUUUUUAUCUUAUUUAAGCCUGCAGAACAAGUACAUUUUUAGUUUGUUCUGAUACAAGGAGAGUUGAUCAAUCUUAGUAAUAGAGAUUAUAGGCUAAUGUUCUCAUUUAUCCAUUUCUUUUCUUCCAUUUUUCUUGUUGGAAGUUUUAAUUAUUUUCUGGGAGUGUUCCCUGGUGCUAAUGCAUGCAACAGUAUGUAAGGUAACUAGAAGUUAACUUGGUACUAUGUGAAGUAUUUUGAUGACUCAUUGUAAAAAUAAAUAAAGCUGAUGUAUUUAGUAUUCAGUAAUCAGUGGGAAUAAACAGUUAUUUCAUGAUGAA